AGCUGCAGUACUGCCACUUGCGGAUAAAAUUAGAACUACUUUGCGUCAUGAAAAUUGCUUGGUGAACUGUGCGUGUCGUGUUUAUAUUCGUUUUAUUUAUUUAUCGCACUUCAUGUGGCGAAAAGUGAAAUUUUUAGUUAUAAAUUAAACUUUAAACUUGUGAAGGUGCUAUACAAAUCUAUACAAUUUAUUUUCAUAAAUCAAUUGAAGUGCAAAACUAAAAAUUAAAUAAUGAAGACAUCAGAUAAAUCCUUGAAAAAAAAUGGUUAUCCUUCAGAUGAUGAUAAUAUUCGAUACAAAAUAAACCUUGAUUAUUUUAAUAAUGGCAAUAAGUCCCCUACAAAGAUUGUGAAAAAAGUUGACAAGUCAAAAGUUGAAGAUGAUGAAGUGCGGUACAAAUUCCCGACAGUGUCAACAAAACCUAAAGUAGAACAAAAAUUAAAGCCUAAGCCCAAGAUAAAGGUAAACUUCUGGAGCAGUAAAACAACAGGUAGUCGUUUACAUAACACAGAAUCAACAAAAACAAAACGACGUCAUACUGUUGCCGCUUCAGCCGAAGACACAACUGCAAUGAAACCAAAAUCAUCAGGAGUGAAAGUCCGUAAACGUGUAUCCUUCUUACCUUCUCCAUUGUUUUCUGACAAUCAUGUACCUAUGGUCACUGUCCCAGAUGACUUAACCAUUCAAUUAAAUGAGGAAGAAGCAAAUGAUUUGGGUGAGGAUUUAAAUUUGGCUUUUGUUAAUAGUGGAAGCAGUAAUGGGGAUUCCGGUAAUACAUCAAAACGCAGACCAAAGAAUUCAUCACUCCCCUCAAGCCCAAAAAAUAAUAAACGUAAGAGAAGUUUUGAUGAUGUGCUUCCAAAAGCCAUUUCUCCUAAUCCAGGACAUGAGAAUGAGUUGGAGUUUUUUUCCAAGUAUAUUGUUCAAAAAUUAAGACGAAUGGAAACCAAUCAACGUAUUUAUUCAGAAAACUUGAUCAACACUGUUCUUAUGUUGGGGCAACUUGGGCAAUUGAAUGUAAAGUCCAAAAUUACUGAGGCAUCACAGUAAGAAAUUGCUAGUACAAUGUUGAAAAUGGUAUAAGUAAAUGACCUAUGUACAGUUAUUUUUAUAUGUAAAUAAUAACUUAUCUUAGUUAUUUAAGCUAAUUUACAUAAAAAGUACCUACUACUAAUAGACAUGUGAAAACUCACUCAAUUUAACUAAGAUAAGUUUGUGUCAAUAAUAUUUUGUUUUGUUACCAUUUGUUGCUGUUAAUUACUGCAAAAUUUAUAUAGCUCAGCGAGUGUCAAAUAGUUUGUUUGUAAUUAAGUAAUUGGCUGUUGUAUCAAGUUAACUGCUUUGAGUAGUCUCAUUUUUACAGUUUAGUACAGAUUUUAAAUAAAGAUCUGUUAAAAUAAUAACUUGUCAUUAGUCUAUGUGUAAAGUGGUAGUAAUAGACCAUACAUUGCUUUUUGAUGUAUAAUUAUAUACAGUCAGGUCUUCAAGACUUAAAAUGCACUGUUUUAUCUACUUUGUAUUGAUCUUGUGUUGGCAUAUGAAAUUUAGAGGUCAAACACAUUUUGGUAUUUUCAUUGUGAACCCUGAAUUUUUACUGUUAGGUUACUGAUUUUGUAAAAUGACUAAAUUAUAGAGUAUUGUUAUAUCCAGAUUAGUUGCCCCCAGAAAUUUUUAGAAAGAUAGUUGCUCCCAAAUGCUGUUCUUGGUAUAUCCCCUUGUAUAGAAGCAAUUGAGAAUGUUUGAAUUUUCUUUAUUGUUAAUUAUUACAAUGUUGCAGGGAGCAUUGUUUCUGGCAAGAAUAUAUUUAGGUAGGACCAAAUAGAGUGUUGAUUUGCCAUUGAAACGCAAAGAAGAAUAGCAUAAUUAAAUUUUUGUAUAUCUGUACUUCUGUAAUUUUUUGUGGUAUUUUAUCUACAAUUUGGUUGAAUGAAUUUAGCUUUAUUAGAAAAAAUCUGUAGAUUUGAUACUAAUCAUGUGAGAAGAGAAAAAUUAAUAAAACAGAUAUUAUGUUAUUAAAUUCUCUCGUAGAAUCAGACCUGUGACGCUAAAUGAAUAAGUUAACCAAGGUUGGGAUUGUUUGUUUAAUUAUGUAGUCAUCUAAAUAUCAUGAAAUACAUUUUUAGACUGUCAAAUUUACUAUUCAAGUGUAGGUGUAUUUGAAAUUAAUAAUAGCAAUGUGAAUGCAUAUCAAUGUGGAUAAUAAAAUCGUGUUCAAUUAUGUUAUACUAUUAAAUAAAAUAAGCAUAAUAAAUACAUUAGGAAAAUAUAAUACUUAAACCGAUUGUUAAAGGUAUUUUCAAAAUUAUAAGAUUGUUGCUAAAAAUUAAGUAAUUUUAUUAAAUUUAAAAAAGAAUCAGAUAUCAUUGUUAAUCCAGUAUUGAAUAAAAUAAAAUGUUUUCGUUUUCAGUACAGUCAUUGAUCAUUAAUUUAUUUGUGAAUAAAAGUAAAGUCAAAGGUAACAUAAUGAAAGCAUUAUUUGCUAUUCAUUUUACUAUAUCCGCACAAAAUAAUAAUGUGUACCAAUCACUCAAAUAGACUUAUUAAUGAAUUAUAUAUAUUUUUAUACUAAUUUUGAACGAAUUGGUGUUUGAGUACACAUUUUUCAACUAUAUUAAAAUUGUAAUUAUCACCAUAACAAUACCAGUCAAUUUAUUACAUUUCAUUUUGUAAGUUAAUAAUACAUUUUUGAUUUGUUUAAAUAAAAAUAAUGUACUUAUUCAAAGGACAACAGCUUUCUAAGCAAAUCAAUCUAACGUAUUAAUUUCGUGUUACAUUUUGAGGUUUUAAGUAUUUUCAUUAAAUUAUAAUAUCAUGGUAAACUUGACAGUUAUUUCUUAUCAUGGUCGGCGGCAGCGAUGCCGUGGGCGUUGCAGUCGCCUUGGAUAGUGGCCCAUUGAUUGUUUAGGGCAUAUUGAGAAUAAUCGAAAGCAAACAUCACUGGAAAUAGCCCUGUAAUAUCGUUUAACCCUUAAAUUAAGGAAAAUUUUACACAUUUUCUGAUGUUCUGAUACGUAUUUUCCCCUAACUUUUUUGAUUCAUAAUGUUCCUACUUUAUGCAAUGAAGUCUGUCCGAUAUUAGUUAUUAUCAGCGGUGCACAAGUGUUUACUAUGUACUCGUAUGUAAUAGAUAGGAAAUAAGUAUAAGCAAUUUAUUGUUGUUGAUAGAGGUUUGCCUAUAUUUACAUAUUUUUCAUUGUUAUAAGAUGGUUAUAAGCUCAAAAUGGUGGUUUUUCCGAAUAUACUUGUAGGUUUUUGGACUGGUAAUAACUUGGAAAAUAUUUAUUUAUAUAUGUGAGAUUGUACCGGAUGGUUUUGUCCACCUUAUUAAUAAAUUACCGUGAACUUA